AACCCCCUUUAUUCCAGGAUUUCCCCUUGUUCUUGGGUGGACAACUUCACUCUUCAAAAUGUACAUUUUCCAGGAACUACAUAAAAGUUUUAACUUACGGGCGCAUGCCAGUUUAUAGUUUAUAUUAUGAGCUUUAUAAGGAUUUCACGAGCCCAAGAUGUUCUCCACACUCGUAAGUCCGCGUUAUCCGCCCGUGUGUCCUCAAUUAAUAUAAAAAUCACCAAAUCUGAAGAGGCAGGAGUUUCAUCUGACUAUCUGAGGCUGUUACUGGUCACAUUUCUUUCAUAAAUGUGGGGAAUGCUGGGAAUGCAGAAUGACCACAAAGACACUGCGUAUCGGUUAUUUUGAAUAUUUAUUUCACAUUCACAUUUCACAUUCAUCUGAUCACAUGCAAACAAAUGUCUCUCAUCUUUAAACAUCACCAUACACAUGCAAAUGCAGUCAGAUAUUCAAAUACCUAUAUCUCUAACAUAUCUUGGCCUUGCCUUUGAAAAUGAUUCUGAACUGAUCACACAGACAGACAGGCGGGCGCGCGUGCACGCCUCGCACAAACCAAACCAAGCACACCCGCAUAGCUGCGGUGGCCGAUUUCAACCAACAUUUUAAACUGGCUAAACGCAUGUCAUCAUUAUCUGUGUUAGGAGUCUUGAAAUGUUUGCUGCUGAUCUGUUGGUAACGCAAUCCAAUUAUUUAAAGAUCAAAAUGCUGAUGAGACAUAGCUCUGUGGCAGCCCUGCAACCUUAUACGGAUUGGCCAUGUUGCAUUACUGCAGCCUCACUGAACAUUUUGUGGCUAUUUUCAGAUGGGAAAUCAUAGAAAUAACACAUCUAGAAAAUCUGAAAUUAAGUAGGCUAUUAAACCUCGUACGGUUGAUUUUGUAUGAAGUUUUUUUCAGAGGCGAGAAUCAGAAACUUGUGAGGUUUCUGUAGCAGCGUAUUUGUAUCUGAAGUUUUUCGACAAACCAGACGGGUUUUGUUUGGACUGAAUGUUCCAAAGCGUCCUGACUGCAGCACAAAAAACACAGGCCAAAACAAAUCAACACAUGACACACGAUACGAAGACAACGAGGCUUUUUCCACCCCUGAAGACAACACAGGGAGCUAUAAAAUAAAUUUAUCACGUUGGUUAAAAACUAACUUCAUUGUAUUAACAUGAAAAAUUCACCAAAACAGAUGAGCAGCUUCCCCGGGUUAUUUGGUGCAAACAAACAUUUUGCGCAUUAAGUAUCUCUCCAUCUGAUAUGAGAUGUCACAAUAACUUUAGUGUGUAAUGGUUUGUUUUUAUUUAGAUGUUUUAAAUUACGUAUUCAAAGUCAGUUUGACUGUGGCGAGUGUAACAGGCUCAUUUUUUCAAAUUCACAGUUCUCAAAUUUCGCACCAGUACCAUAUCGUUGGCUGGUUUCGGCUGCAGCACAGUAUUUGUUAAUUGUUGUUGCUACUGAUUAAUAUUUAGGAGAAAGUUUCACCUGAAUGAGACAAAUUCAAACCCGAGAAGAAUAGUUUUGAGGAGAAAGUGAUGAGUAAUUACCUUCUUUUUUGUAAAAAGGAAGUCUCAGUGCGCAAAUACGCAUCCAUUGAAAUAAAAGAGCCACAUUUAAUUCACACACCAGCUCCUCUGACCCAUAAUCUGAGGAUUGGAAAACAAUAUAACGACAAUGCAAAGGAAGACUGUUAAUUUCAGAUCUGUAACAUAUUGAAAGCACACAUAAGCAACAAGACAGAUCAUUACAAUAAUACAGUACUGUGUGUAACAAUAGCUCAGGUAUGCAAUGAAUUAUUUAUCAGGCUGUGAGAUGUUUUGUAUCAACAAUUAAUAAAAGAAAAAAAGACAAGAAUAAACAUUGCGCAUGGCGUAUUUCUGCAUGCUUUAGUUUCCUUUUACACCACAAUAAUAAAACAAUCUUACAGGCACACCAUCCACCAUCGUACAAAUUUCACCGCUUAGUUAAUAUUUUGCUGCUCAUUUCAAGAAUAGAAGCGCUUAAACAACCAAGUGCGGCUUCAUGAAUUAACCAAGUCUUGUUAAAGUUAAAUAAUUUGUCUAAAAACAUCUAACAUGUUUGAUUUUAACGAACUCUGGUGUCAUUCUGUUGGAGUGUUAAAGACAUUUAAAGAAAACAAAUGCAUAUAAAUAAUCUGAGCGUCAAAAUAAAAGACCUGGCCGCUGUAUAAGGUAUUCGUAAUUAAUGCUUGAAAUGUAUUGCUGCAGAGACAAAAAGAUGCAUGUAAAAUGAAUAAGAUAUCACAUUCUUAAAUUUAGCAGGUCAAAUGCAAAGUCGAGCAUUUUAUUUUCAGGCUACUUCACAGCGUGAAUGGUUGAAAACUACUGUGCGUAUUUUAAGAUUUUUGCAGUUUUAAAAUCAUAAAGAAGUUUGCAUUAAUGUUAAGAUUUUCUUUUUGAAAACACACCUGCACACAGCUUACCUUGCUAAAUCGGUGGUAACAUUAAAAUAAACCGAUGAGAACAAACAAAAACAACAGACACAAAAUGCACUCUCUGUCUUAUGGUCGAUGGCUUCACCUCCACAGCGCUGGCUCCAGGACGAAAAGGAAAUCAACAUGUUGUCUGAAUUAAUUUUCUUUCAAUCAUCUGAAGUUCUGAACUUAAACCGAAUUAGAAUACUAAAAAAGCCACGUAGUAGGUGCCCUUAAAAAAUCCUGCUGCAGCAGCCGCCCUUUGUUCCCUCUGGUGUGGGCCUGCUGUCCUGACCAGCGGAUGGUCGCUGGGUGGCGCUCUUGCUCCAUCAAAAACCCUCCAGAUUCCCCAACUUGACCGCGCUGACGUCACGUCAGUCUGGAGCAUCAAGGCCACUUCCACUCCGCGAUUGGUCUGAAAAUCACAUGACAUGUCUCCCAGCAUCCAUAAUUAUGUUACUGAUAUUUUUGCACCCCCCUCCAAAAGAUGUCAGCAUCCUACUGUCCUUAUUCUCCUGGAGUAAUCCCGUAGUUCAGAGCAGUGGAACACCACAAACGAUCACUGUGUUGCCCAAUGCAAAAAUGUCAUGUCCGAAUAACAUAGCGCCCGGUAACUUCCUGAUGGAUUCCUUAAUGGGAGGAUCAUCUUCCUUCAGGGGUGAGGGUUAUUCCAGCAACCCCGGGAUGUACAUCCACUCAGCUGCAGAGUACGGAUAUUCAGUGAUGAGAAACAUUGGGAAGGUUGGACCAUCUUCACUCUCCAAAAGAGACGAGGUUCCUCCGAGCGCUCUGCCGCUCAGCGGCUUCCAGGAUGCGCCCUACCUGUCAACACAGCUGGCCACAUGGACCCCAGGCUCCAAAACCAGUAGGGACGAACAACCUGUUGCCCAGUGUUUACAGCCCUGCUCGUUUCCAGCAGGCAACGUCAAAGAGGAGGCGUUUUGUUGCCUCUAUCAGGAUGACAGCAAUAAGGCGAAACAGACAACAGAGUCGGCCACUUACAUCCGGCUCGGGGACAAUAGCUGCCGGCCUGAGCAAACCGCCUCGUCCAGCGGCUGUUUCCAGGUGUACAACGGAGAGAGGCCGCAGCAGGACGACCAGCAGUUCCCCUCCGGCUUCCCUCUGACCCACUUGGCGACAUCUGUUGAAUCAACAUCAGAAUCGACAAUAAGUUGCAGCAAAGCGGCGCAGGAGGCAACGAGGGAGGUUGCUGCAAAGACUGAUGAAAGUCAGAGCAGGAAGGAAGAGAAGGCCAAGAGUGACAGCUGUUCAGAUAACUCGGACGGGGAAUUAAAAGAUGAUUUAUCCGCGGAAAAGACAACGGGAAGCUGGUUGAGAGCCAAAAGUGGAAGGAAGAAGCGGUGUCCCUACACAAAGCACCAGACGCUGGAGCUGGAGAAGGAGUUCUUGUUCAACAUGUAUCUGUCUCGGGAGCGCCGCCUGGAGAUCAGCCGGAGUAUCAACCUGACCGACAGACAGGUCAAGAUCUGGUUCCAAAACAGACGCAUGAAGCUCAAGAAGCUCAACAGGGAGAGUCGAGAAAGGGAGCACAGUGCAGUUUAUAACUAUUCCUGAUGAGAUAUACACCU